CCGAGAAUUUCUGAAUGUGGAUUCGCCCAGGUCCGCAAAUUUGAGCCGGUUUUUUUGCAUGUAAUGCAGACGAAUUGUUGCAGGACAUUGCCCCGAUCGUUCAAUAUGUGAAACCGGUUUUGCCUGAUAAAUGGAGGUCAAGAACGAAGCCCCUCAAAUAAAGUGUCCCGAAAAGUGCCUCAGUGCGGGUAGUCACGCGGGGAAUGAUACCGACACAGAUAGCAGAAGCCGUCUCCAAUAAAAUCUGAUUUCCAGUCACCUUCCACGGCAGUUGGCGAAUUGCGGCACACUCGUGCACUAAGCGUGAAAUCGUUGUAGAGCAAGUUUUAAGGGCACGCCUCUACAAUGAAGGGAGUACUAUUCCCUCUAGUAUUCGUACUGUUGGUGGCACAUUUCCGUCCUACCAAGGGAGCCGAUUCAGCGAGUGAUGGCGAAGCCGUUUGGGGAUACCGGUGCGUGGAUGAUCGAUGCGUAAAGACUGCAAUCUCCGAGACCUACCAGCUGGACAAGGCGGUUAGUUUUGCGGCCUGUCGUUUGAUGUGCGGAAAUGGUGCCGGAAUGCUGUGGCCCCAGCCGACCGGUGGCAUCCAGAUCGGUACCGAUCUGGUACACAUCGAUCCCGAGCAGGUGGCGAUCGAUUGGAGCGAAAACACGCAACCAUUGGCAUCGUUGUGGACGUCUGUUCGAGAACGUUUUCGUCGUCAACUUCUAGCCACGGCCCAGGGAGUAUCACUACGUACUGGUGGUCGCAAUAUUCGCAUCAAGAUGGAUAUAGAAGAUAAUUCCCUCGUCCUAAACCACGCAACGGACGAAAGUUAUACGCUGAUGGUGGAAACAGCUACUAAUGGAUCGCUACUGGCUACGAUCACGGCGAAAACGUUCUUCGGUGGACGACAUGGCCUCGAAACACUGGUCCAAUUUGUUCUGUUCGAUGAUAUUCGUAAAGAGCUCCAGAUGGUCGCUUCGGUCACGGUAUCAGACGCACCUGCUUAUCCGCAUCGUGGACUGGCGCUUGAUACUUCGCGCAACUUCGUGACGCUGGACGGCCUGAAGCGUACGAUCGAUGCAAUGGCGAUGGUUAAGCUGAAUGUAUUCCACUGGCACAUCACGGAUUCACAGAGCUUCCCAUUAGUCAUCAAAUCGAGACCAACCCUGCAUAGAUAUGGUGCCUACACACAGCGAGAAGUGUACACGGCCGACGACGUACGUAGCCUGGUGCAAUAUGCUUUGGAGCGUGGCAUUCGGAUCAUACCGGAGCUGGAUGCCCCGGCGCACGUCGGUGAAGGCUGGGAGCGAUUGAAUGUAACGAGCUGCUUCAACUACCAACCAUGGGAGAAUUACUGCGUUGAGCCACCGUGUGGACAGCUUGAUCCGACCAAGGAUGCCGUAUACGAUAUUCUACAGGAUAUUUAUCGAGAGAUGAACAACAUGUUCCACCGGUCCGAUCUAUUCCAUAUGGGUGGCGAUGAGGUUUCGAUUCGUUGCUGGAACGCCACCGAAAGCAUCCGGAGCUGGAUGAAGGUCCAAGAAUGGGGUCUUGAGCAAACGGACUUUAUGAAACUGUGGAAUUACUUUCAAACGGAGGCUCUUCGCCGGCUCGAUAGCACACUGCCGCCCGGUGAGAAGCGUCCGAUCGUAAUGUGGACGAGCAAGCUUACGGAGUCGCCAUACCUCGAACAGUACCUCGACAAAGAUCGCUAUCUCAUACAGGUGUGGACGACCGGUAACGAUACCAAGGUAAAGAAUCUGCUCGAGAAGGGAUACCGGUUGAUCAUCUCCAAUUAUGAUGCCCUCUAUCUGGACUGUGGGUUCGCGGGCUGGGUCACUGAUGGUAGCAACUGGUGCGCGCCAUACAUUGGCUGGCAGAAGGUGUACAACAACGAUCUGAUGGCUAUCGGUGGUCCGUACGCUAAUCAGAUACUGGGUGCAGAGGCCGCCCUAUGGACGGAGCAAUCCGAUAGCCACACACUGGACAAUCGUUUGUGGCCGCGAUUGAGUGCAUUGGCCGAACGAUUGUGGAGCAAUCCUCGUAGCGGUUGGCAGGCUGCCGAAGCUCGCAUGCUGGUGCAUCGGGAACGAUUGAUCGAGGCACAGGUAGCCGCCAACAGCAUUCAACCGAAAUGGUGCCUACAGAACGAAGGCAACUGUCCCAUCGGUGGGGAUGGUGGCCGUUCGUGAAGCAGUAAUCUUAAACCUUUAAAUCUAUCUAAGAUCGUUUGUUCGUUUGUUCGUUUGUUGCAUUGGUACUCGUUAUGUGCGCACCUUUAUGCUGAUGGUUCCAAUAUGCUCAACCCAACAGAAACUGUAAUUGGUUUACGCUGCAAUAAAUGAUUACGAAUUUCUUAUUUACUCACGAAACUAUAAUGUUAUGGCAAAUUCGAUUCG